UUGGCCCAGCGCGGCCCAGGGGAGGAAGCGCGGAGCGGCCGCCUCCCGCCCUGGGCGUUCUCCGCGAUGCCACUGCUGAUUAACGGGGAGCGGAUUGAUCUGACUCGGCUCACGGGAGGCGUGAUCCGCACCCACCCGCACCUGGAGGAAAAGGCAAAACUUCUAAGAAGUCAGCCUACUCAAAUUGUGGAACCCAAAGGGCUUCUGUAUGUCCAGCAGAGAGAGUUUGCAGUGACCACCCCUAAUGAUGGUUCUGUGUCUAUUCUUGGGUCGGAUGAUGCAACUACCUGCCACUUAAUUGUGCUCCGACACACAGGCAGCGGAGCCACAUGCUUGACACACUGUGAUGGAUCAGACACAGAAGCGGAGGUGUCGCUCAUCAUGAGUUCAGUAAAAUCUUUCUCUAACACCACAGGUUAUGGAAGGCUGGAAGUGCACCUAGUUGGAGGUUUCAAUGAUGAUAGGCAGUUAUCACAAAAACUUACUAAUCAGCUUCUUAGAGCGUUUGAUCUCCAACCAGAUGAUGUUCAUUUAGUGACUUUCUGUGUAUCAGAACUCAAUGACAGAGAAGAGAAGGAUAUUCAUUUGCCAAUCAUUUACGGAAUAGCUGUGAAUGUAAAAACAGCAGAGAUUUUCCCUGCAACUUUUCCAGAAAAAGGGCCAGAUGAGGAUUUGCGUUCAGCCCAUGUUUUAACAGGAGCAAGACUGACAAACAUUUAUGAUGCAAAGACUGAACAACUACACAUUGGACCUUAUUUCUGGAGGCCUUUCCCACAUGUGGAUUUCUGGUUAGAACAAGAUGAUCAACAGAUUCUACAGAAUCUUUCCACAUCGCCUUUGGCUGAGCCACCCCACUUUGUUUCCCACAUUCGUUCUACUUUAACAUUUUUAAAAGCACAUCCAUUUCCAUCUCAUUCCCUGUUUCCUGAUAGAAAACCUCGCAUAUACAAAAAAAAUGAAGAAGGGUUGUGGGAACUGGUUUGUUCUGACAAGGCCUAACGUGGAACCCAACUUCAGCUACUUUAGGGAAGCAUAGCAGUACCAGAAGAACAGCAAGUUGUUGUAAAAGCGUGGUGCGGGUCAUGGAUAGUAGGAUUCCUAUGCUUUUCAAAUAAAAUAUUUCAACAGAA